AUGACAUCUAGAUUUGGAAAAACAUACAGCCGAAGAGGAGGCGAUGGGACCUCGAAGUUUGACGAGGUGUUGUCCAAUAAAAGAGCCACGCUCAGCACCAAAUGGGGCGAGACGACUUACAAAGCCAAGGUGGGAGCAAAGAGGCCCGGUUUGAAGACCGAGGUGACGGAUCAGACCAAGAGGACCAAGGUCUCGGACGGUGAUGGCUCAGAGGAUCCGUUCGGAUUCGACAGCGACGAAGAAUCCAAGCCGGUCACGUCUCGCAACGUAGCCCAGGCUAAAUCCAAAAUGACGUCGACAGGGGGAUCCCAGGCCAGCCUAACGCUGGAGCCCAACAGCAGGGUGAACCAGCCUGCCAGUGUAGAGGCCGUGGCCCCAGCAGGGCCCCUUUCUCUCAGCAGAAAAACCCAGAGCUGGUCCAUGGAGAGCACAGAUCGCCACAGCUACUCAUGGUACAAAAACCCUUCUGAAAGCGACACAAGACCUCUUGCCCAGACCACCACGUUAAAGUCUGAAAAAACAGAGGACAAGGAUUCUUACGAUGCCUGGAGCGCUGUGGUCGGUCUGGGAGCACGCUCCACAUCUCUCUUUACGGGACCUAAAGACCCUCCGCUCACCUUGUGGGCAUCCAAACCAUCUGAAAGCGAAGACCACUCUCAGUCUGUGCUCAGGGCGUCCAACUGCAGAACAUACUGCAGACCCAGUAAAGGCAAACAGCCCGGUGGAGCUGAUGGGAGUGGAAGCGCUUCCAGCCAUAGCUCCAUGGGAGCGUUGGAGAACAGCGGAGCAGAAAAUGCUGGGAAAACUAUAAACAGAGGUCGGACGAGAGACUUUACAGUGCUACACCCGUCUUGUGUUUCCAUGUUUAACGUCACCUUCCAGGACUCCAUGGAUCGUAGUAUGGAGGAGUACACAGCCAGCGCCCCAGCUGCUAGUCCAGGAGAUGCAGGAAGACUGAGGAAGAAAAUGGAGACAGAAAGCAAACCUUUCAGUCGUUCCAAACCCACACAGAGCAAAACGAAGAGCAGUAAGCUGGAGCUUUUUGGGUUUGAUGACACUGACGCUGUGGCUGAGGAUGACGACUCUGCUUCGGGGAGCUCUAACUACAGGAUCAAAUACUUCGGCUUUGAUGACCUAAGUGAGAGUGACAGUGAGGAAGACGAGGGUUCCUCUGAAAGAAGAAAAGCUAAGAGGAAGGCUGCAGCAGGUGUAGCAGUGCCACUGAUGUCAACAGAGACCAUUGUUGACAGUCCUCUUCCGAGAGAGAUGCCGAGCUCUCAGAGCAGUCACACUGCAGGUCACAGUCACGGCCUUAAAAACGGUCAGUAUUUACACCCAACACAAUUUCUGGGGAUAGGUCCCCUUUCCUCUGAGACGGUAAGGAAACCUCAGGUCAAAGCUCAGGAGAAAGCCAAGGAGAGCAGCAGGAAGAUCUUCAGUGGGCCUAAAAAGUCGCCUACUAAAGCUGUGUAUAAUGCAAGACACUGGAACCAGCCAGAGCCAGAAGAGCUGCUGCCCAUGCCUCCAUCACGAUCUCAGGCUCCUCCAGCCGCUUCAUCGGGAGGCAGUAAAGAGUCGAACUCGCACAAGGACGACACGGAGUGUUCAAAGCUCCAGCUCCUCCUCCCAAAGUCAUCAAGUCCGUCACUGUCCCCACAGAACCUUACCAGGACAUGGUCACUGCACUCAAAUGUAGGAAAGAACACAAGGAGUUUCUGGGCCAGGGAUAAUGUUGUUGCUGUCUAUGGAGGGUCACGUGAGGUCUUAUGGAUUUGGGACGACAUGAGGCGAUUGUACACCGUUGUUCAGCACGUGAAGCACUUCAAUGACGUAGUGGAAUUUGGCGAGAAUCAGGAGUUCACAGAUGACUUUGAAUAUCUUGCCACUGGUCUGAAGACUGGUCAACCCCUUAACACACGCUGCCUUAGUGUUAUUAGUUUGGCCACGCGAUGCGCCAUGCCCGGUUUCAGGAUGCACCUGAGGGCUCGUGGGAAAGUGGCUCAGGUCUUUAAAACUCUCAAUGAUGCGCCUCAACAUCCACUCUCGUGUACGGCCUCUCUGAUGUACAUACUCAGCCGAGACCGCUUGAACAUGGACCUGGAUCGGGCAAGUCUGGAUCUAAUGAUUCGCUUGCUGGAAUUAGAACAGGACAAAUCCAUUGCCGAUCAGCUAACGACAAAAGAGAUGAACAAAGUAAAAGAAAAGAUUCGUAAACUCUGCGAAACCGCCCAUAAUAAGCAUCUUGACUUGGAGAAUAUCACGACAGGACAUUUAGCAAUGGAGACACUGUUGUCGUUGACGUCGAAGAGAGCGGGGGAUUGGUUUAAAGAAGAACUCCGGCUUCUGGGAGGCCUGGACCACAUUGUAGAUAAAGGUCUUCUACUUUCGCUCAGUAUUUCAUUAAAGUGUGUGGAAAACCUGAGCCGAGAGGAUGAUAAGGAGAACCUAGUGGCGUCAUUGUGGGGUGCUGAGAGAUGUUUGCGCUCUCUAGAAAGUGUAACGGUUCACAAUCCAGAAAACCAGGCCUACCUGAUCGCGUACAAGGACUCUCAGCUCAUAGUGUCUUCAGCAAAAGCAUUACGGCACUGUGAGGAGAUGAUCCAGAGGUACAGUCGAGAGGUGAACAGAGGUCUGUGCUCAUCAGGCACGCCGCUGCCCUACUGCAGCAACAGCAACGUGGAAUGGGGCAGCACAAAGACGGGCGAGCAAGAGGAUUUAAUCAGCACGGCGCUGCACUGUGUGCUCAGGGUCCCACAGUACCUGCCGCAGGAGCGGAGGUUCGAUAUCAGAGUCCUGGGUCUGGGCUUGCUCAUUAAUCUGGUGGAGUACAGCGCGAGGAACAGACACUGUCUGAUAGAGCUGCAGAUGGAGGGAGUUGAAGUCUGGGACUCCAUGUGUGUGUCUGACAAAGAUGAGUUGCAGACUGGGAGAUCUCUCAGCGCUAUCGCUGCUCUGGUGAAGAGAGAGCAUGCAGCCAUGUUAGCGGAGGCGGAGACGGAUGACUUCAUCAACGAUCCGCCAAAGUCCCAACUGGACCAGAGUGGAGAAUGGAAGGAGACCAAUGAAGAGAUCCAGUGGUCGCUUCAGAAAACAACAACAGCACAGAGGACAAGAAGAAGGGAGAGGAUGAUGAAGAACUCGAUCUCAACAAAGUGUGAUGUGGGCACCAAGGGACAGAAGUCCAUCUCCAGGGUCAUUGAUUAUCUGGAACAUCUGCUAGUGUGUUUGCAGAGCUCCACGCAGACCUCAGAUCACUGCUGCCCAACCCAACACACCUGGGAAAACUAUCAUCAUCAUCAUCAAUCAGUACCUUCCUCAUUCAGACUGUAA